AUGCAUGCAAACAGAAAAAGUGGGUCAGUCCGUUGCCGGGGUAGGGCUGGUCCGGCAGUGAGAGACAGCUCCUGUGUACGUGGCCCCACAUGCGCAGCAAGCACGUGUUUCUGCUGGGCCUGGGUGUACUUUGGCCUGCUAAGCAGCUGCGGGCCCUGAGAUGGGCACUCAGGAACUAGGUUGUUUUGUUCUCCGUGUAAAAUGUCAGUGGAUUAAAGUGCUCACUGCUCAGACCCGAUGACCUGAAUUCAGUUCCCAGAUCCCACUGUGGAAGGAGAGAACGCACUUCUGAACGCCUGCCUCUGACCCCACACAUGCCACAGGGUGAUAAGAAAUAAAAUAGGCUGAGCCUACAUCUGAGGAGGUGAUGAAGUGAUCAAGUGGCUUUCCCAGGUUUUCACAGAUAACCCAUGAAAGGCACCUGACAGAUUUACCCUGCAGCCGACAGCAGAGGGAAUAUUGAUGGAUGAGAAGCUGAAGGUUUUCAAACCUGAAAGAAUACUGGGAGAGUGAUUUGUUGUCCGCCGUCAGGUCCGUGGGGUAAGGACCUUUCUGAUGCAGCUGAGAAAAAUGCAGACCAUCAAGACGGAGCCUGCGCCCCUGGACCCCACCAGCAGCUCGGACAAGAUGAUGGUGCUGAGCUCGGCCUUGGCCGAGGUGGCAGAGGACCUGGCCUCGGGGGAAGAUUUGCUCCUGAACGAAGGGAGCGUGGGGAAAAACAAAUCCUCCGCAUGUCGGAGGAAACGGGAAUUCAUUCCGGACGAGAAGAAAGACGCCAUGUACUGGGAGAAGAGGAGGAAGAACAACGAAGCCGCCAAAAGGUCUCGCGAGAAGCGCCGGCUCAACGACCUGGUUUUGGAGAACAAGCUGAUCGCGCUGGGCGAAGAAAAUGCCACUCUGAAAGCUGAGCUGCUCUCUCUGAAGUUAAAGUUUGGCUUAAUUAGCUCCACGGCGUACGCCCAGGAAAUCCAGAAACUCAGUAACUCCACAGCCGUAUACUUUCAGGACUACCAGACGUCCAAGGCCGCCGUGAGCUCGUUCGCGGACGAGCCCACGAUGGUGGCGGCCAGCUGCAUCUCCGUCAUCAAGCACUCUCCGCAGAGCUCCCUCUCGGACGUGUCCGAGGUCUCCUCCGUGGAGCACGCGCAGGAGAGCCCCGCGCAGGGCGGCUGCCGGAGCCCCGAGAGCAAGUUCCCCGUGAUCAAGCAGGAGCCCGUGGAGCUGGAGAACUUGGCCAGGGAGCCCAGGGAGGAGCGGGGUGCCUUCUCCACCUCCAUCUACCAGAGCUACAUGGGAAGCUCCUUCUCUGCCUACUCCCACUCCCCGCCCCUCCUGCAGGUCCACGGCUCCACCAGCAACAGCCCGAGAACCUCGGAGGCCGAUGAGGGUGUGGUGGGCAAGUCUUCCGAUGGGGAGGAUGAGCAACAGGUGCCCAAGGGCCCCAUCCAUUCUCCGGUGGAGCUGCAGCGGGGACACACCACGGUGGUGAAGGUCCCAGAAGUGAACCCUUCUGCCUUACCACACAAGCUCCGGAUUAAAGCCAAGGCCAUGCAGGUCAAAGUGGAGGCCUUGGACAGCGACUUUGAAGGCAUGCAGAAACUCUCUUCACCCGCAGACGUGAUGGCCAAGAGACAUUUCGACCUGGAGAAGCACGGCACCUCGGGUGUGGUCCCCCCCUCCCUCACUCCUUUCUCAGUGCAGGUGACGAACAUUCAAGAUUGGUCCCUCAGAUCGGAACACUGGCAUCACAAAGACCUGAACGGCAAAACUCAAAGUAGCUUCAAAACGGGAGUGGUGGACGUCAAAGACAGUGGCUAUAAGGUUUCUGAGGCUGAGAAUUUGUAUUUGAAGCAGGGAAUGGCAAACUUAUCUGCAGAGGUGGUCUCGCUCAAAAGGUUCAUAGCCACACAACCUAUCUCAGCCUCGGACGCCAGGUAAAUGCCUACUGACUGAGUUACGCGUGGAGGAGGAUGCUGUUGGUACCGUGCUGAAUUUCCACUGGACCUCUGAUGUCAUUUCACUGUAGUGUGCACCCGGUGUCUGUCUGGUGUCCUGUGUGCACACGCUGAAGACUUGAUGCCCUCACUCUGCCUGGUGUAUAGUCAGAUAACCCCCACAGAGGCUGUACAUACCGAACGUUAUUUUUGCUCUAUUAUAAAGCGUGUAUGUUGCCACUUUCAAUAAAGGAUUGGUGACAAACACA